AUGGCUUGGUUAUCGCCGGUCGGCCGCCGACCGGUCGGCCUGAGUCGCAGUCUGGCCGCUUCCCGGGCCUGUCCCCGUUUAGACUGGUGGCGAGGCUUGAGUGAGGGUGGAAACGACUCGGGCGUGACCCCUCGACGUACCCAUUACCAUGUGUUGGGUUUGACGGAGCAGGCCUCCUCGGAGGAGAUCAAACAGGCCUAUUACCGCUUGUCCAAAUUGUACCAUCCGGAUCGGAACCAGGCGGAUCCGGAAAGUAUGGCCAAGUUCCACGAGGUCACGCAAGCCCACGAUAUCCUGGGUCACGCGGCCUUGCGACGCCAAUACGACAAGGGCACUUUGGGCCAGCACACGUCUGUGGCCGAUCUGGAGCGGGCCUCUCAUACGUACGAGGGUCAGCGGUUUUACGACACUCGCUCUGUGUACCAAAAACGCUUUGGCAUGACCAAAGACGGCGAUCGUCAAUCCCGUUCCCAACUCGAUGGAGCCACGCAGUCCUCGCGUCACUUCAAUUUUCAGAAGAAACACGGCAAAAUUCGAUCGCAGUUUAGAGUCAGUAGCUCGCCCUUGCUCUCUCGGGAGGACAGCAACCAAAUGAUGCGAGGUCUCGGGUACACUGUCGCUGCUGGCCUCAUGGGCGUCUUUAUUAUCCAUCGGUGUUUUUCUUAGCGCCCGGCUCCGCGCCACGCCGCUGGGUCUCGUAUUCAUUCUGCCUUAAUUUAGCCCUCUCGGUAAAAUUUCAAUAAAGUGGUACCAUUAUAAUUCAAUAGGAAAA